AUGGGCCGACACUCCAAAGCAACUACUGCACGUCUUGGGAACCUCAACCACCCUAGAAGGUCCUAUAAACCCACUGUAGAAGAUGUGAGCAAGUCAGAAGAUGAAGAUUACAUCCCUACCAGCAACAGGCAGCCACUCCUCGAAGAAGGCUUCUUCUUCCUGGAUGAAGACUUGGAUUCAGACUCAGACUGGGACCCAGAGGAUGAGGAGGAGGUGGAGGUUGAUGAGGAAGAACUAGAGGGGCUGAAGAAUGAGAGUGACAUUCAUCAGUUCGCAGCUGUUCUCUGUGAAGCUCAAGCUCUUGCUGUAAAGGCUGAACGUGAAGCAGCAGCUGAUAAGCCCAACCGCCCAAAGCACUACACUGGGAACUCGAAACGAAGCCAGCGGCUCCAUGCCUUCAAUUGGAAGAAGUUAGCAGCAGCUGGUCUUUUCCUGUUUGACAAUGCACCGAGUCACCAAAAGCGGGCAAUGGAUGCCCUCUCUGCUCGGAAAAUGCCCAAAAAUGCCCAUGCAACAUGGACACAUCACAAAGAUGGCCCAAAGAUGAGGACCACCUGCUUCAGUGAGCACAGCACUAUCCAAGACUUCUAUUACCCAGAUGAUCACCCCACCAUGCCGGGCUGGUUUAAAGGGAUGGAGAAUAUUAUCCGGGAGCGCAGUCUGUGGCCACAGCGGGGGCUCAACGCGCAGUGUGAGGGGUUCAAGUGUGAGCCUGGGAAGACGGACUGCUGCUGUCGACGGCUUCUAUUCACACAGCCCGAUUUCGUAAAUCAGAAGUCUUGCCUUGAAGAGUUAAUCACUUCCCGCGGUCACAUUUGUGACUUCUACCCAAAAUAUCACUGUGAACUCAAUUUCAUUGAGCAGUAUUGGGGGGCAGCAAAGCUUCAGUAUCGGAAUAGCCCCAAGACAACUGAUAUAAAGGAGAUGGAGAGGAAUGUACUUGCCUGCCUCGAUGAUGUUCCUGAUGUUUCAAUCAAACGAUAUGCCAAUCGCGCUGCUCGAUUUAUCAACGGAUACUUCCAGGGACUUACAGGCCCCGAGGCAGCGUGGGCAAACAGGAAAUAUCACGGCCAUCGCACACUUCCUGCGUCUGUUGUUGCUAAACUUAAGGAGGAGUUCUUAAAGAGGUUUGGGGGGUCCAAGUAA